UUCAUUCUCUCUCAUAGAUCAGGAAAGAUGGCCCAGCAAUUUUGCUACAUUGAACGCGAUGUUCUAGGAAAUGUAAAUUGGGAAGAGAUGAGAAGCGUGUACUCUAACGGUGGUAAUUACACCCGCCGCACCCGCCGUAUUCAACUUGCCCGGCAGCAUGCUCACGGUGGUGUCGAGCACCUAAUCGAGAGAUUUAACCGUGUAUGCCAAUGGGUUGCAUGUGAGAUUGUCAGAACUCAACAAUUAGAAGAACGUGUAAAGGUUAUCGAGAAGUUUAUUCGUCUUGCACAGAAAUGUAAGAUGUACACAAACUUUGCUACCCUUGUUCAAAUCCUACUUGGUUUGCAAUCACCUUCGGUUUCACGUCUUCAGAAGACCUGGUCCCGAGUAGGUGUGGCAGAAAUGAGGCAAUUGGACCAGUUGUCUGCAUUCACGUCACCUAUGCGUAACUGGAAGCACAUUCGAGACAGCAUGACAACAACCAAAAUCAAAAUGCCCUUUGGCGGCUGUAUUCCUUUUCUUGGCAUAUACCUUUCGGAUCUUGUUUUCAACUCUGAGCAGCCUGCCUAUCUUGACAUUUCGCCAGUACUUAAACAGUCCCUGGUAAACUUUAGAAAGCAUCGCAUUACUGCCACAGUUGUAAAACGAGUGUUGACAUUCCAGAGUCUGGCACGGAGGUACUCGUUUGAGAUUGACGAUGACAUCUACUAUAUGUGUUCUCAGCUUGAGGUCCUCAAACCCGAGACCAUUCGAAGACUUAGCUUUGAGAUUGAA